UAACUGUAUUUGUAGUCCAAGUUUGAGUUACUUUUGUCAUAGGCUUGCCGGAAGCGAGCCGAAGUGAAUAGUUUUUUUGCACUGAAAAAGCUUCAUGCACUGAUUUGGUGUGCAUACAUAACAGCUGCAGUAAUUAGCAGUAGUUUAAAAACUAAAGCCAUGGAUAAUGAGUGGGUUGCUACCGAGUACCCUGAACUUACAGUGGAUUGCCUUUUCUACAUCUUCUGUUAUCUGGAUGCUAAAGAUUUGCUCAACGUUGCCUUAGUAAAUAAGAUGUGGAAUGAGGCUGCUGAAUCGACUUCCCUGUGGAGACCAAUGUGUUUGGAGCGCUGGACCUUCUGUAAUCUCUCUAAACUAAACCCUGAAAUGCAGACAUGGAAAAAUUACUACCUCUGUCGACAUAAACUUGAAACUCAGAUGAAAGAGGGGAGGCCAAAUGUUGACUACACCUGUAAAACAUUAAGGGGACAUAAUGGUAAAAUAGUUGGAGUGGUAUAUGUUUCUGAAAAUGAACAUCAGUUUGGUAAAGGAGUUUGUAAUUCUGUUGUGUGUUCAGCAUCCAGUGAUGGUAUACUUCGAGCAUGGGAUGUUCAGGAGGGUACCACUAUAUGGACAAGUUCUCCUCAAGAGGCACCAUUGACAAGUAUAAGUACAGUUGCACAGUAUGGGUUUUUAGUAAGCACCAACUCUCAGGGACAGAUAAAAGUGUGGGCGAGUCAAAGCGGAGAAGAACUUGGAGCAUUCAGUACAUCCUCCUCCUCCUGUGCUGUGGUCAGCUACAUUGCUAAAGGGCAGCCCUUCUUAUCUGCUGGAACUGGUGGAGGAGCACUGUAUACGCUGACAGUCCCAAACCUUAAUCAGUUGUCUCGGAUAACAGUGUUCGACAUCUAUAAAGUAGAUCUAGUGCUGUCGUCACCAGAUGGGCAGUGGGUAGUAGCUGGUACAUCUGAGAGUAUAGAUGUAUGUCCAAAGAUAUAUUAUACAGAUUCCUUGAUUAAUUCUUCCCAAGAUGAGCCAACCAUAUGUGAUGUUCUCCCAGUGCAUGGCUGCUCAUCAGCAUGUUGGUUACCUGUAGAAGCAGCACGUAUAGCUGUGGUUCAUGCUGUUAACCACACAGAACCUAAAAAUAUCACUGUUUUUGAUAUAAAAUCUAAGAAAUCCAAAUACAAAAUGGAAAUCAUGGCUGGAAAGAUUGCUGAUUUCAAACUGCCAUCAUUCAGUUCUAUGAAUUCAGGCAUCCUUUUAAAAGGUCAUGGAGCUGAUACUUUGCUUAUAGGUAUUGGAACAGAGCUGAAACUGUAUUCACUAUCAGGUACCCUAUUAUCAACCUUUCAAGACCACAAAGACCAUAUCACUGCUUUACAUGUGGAUUCUUUUCGUGUUGUUACAUCAUCAAUGGACUUAUCUCUUAGAAUAUACUCAUGGAGGAAACAGAAUAAACAGCUUUUACUUGAAGGUCGAUACCAUCUGCUUGGUGGCUCUCAUAUGCAGUCCAGGGGAUUUACAAGUGUUGUCUGUGACUACAUAAGCAUCGUGGGUUCCGUUUUGGCAAAAGAUGGAAAAGAUACUUUGAAAGCAUACUCUUUCACCCAGUGAUUACAGACUUAUGACAUACUGCUUUUAUGCAGCAUCCACAUCUUUCUUCUGAAGUGAGCCACAUGCAAAAUUCUCUAAUUUCCAAUGUUCUUAAGCAAAUAUAUCUGGUAUAUGCCUUGGGAGAUUAUAUCUGACUGUGGAUGAUAUUGCUAUUGGAAUGGACUGUUUUUGACAUAAGCUGGAUAUUGUUCUGCUAGUUAUUUGAUAGCUUUCAUGCCAUGUUUAUUUUUUCUUUCUGCUUUUGUAGAUGAUGUUCAACUGCUGUGAGUUUUGUGUAUUUUUCCCUACAGUGUUUACUGGCUUCACUUGGAUCUUUUCUCCUCAGAUGAUCUCUGAAAAUGGGCUCUGGUCAGUAGAGCUGACAUUGUCAACAAAUUAUAAACAAUCAGUUCCAGCAUCAAACUACCAGGUACUCAAAGACAGGUUAUUAAAUUUAUUAGAUAACAUUCACAAGCAGAAUGCUGCUAAAUGAGACUUUUGCAUACACUUGCUUCCCACAUUUAUCAAAUAAUCACAUUGUAAAGUAUAUAAUCCUUAUUUUUUAGUCAGUUUAUAAAAAUAAGUUUGAGGACCUUUGCCCUUGCAUGUAUAAGAACAAUUCCAUGACAAUAAAUUCUGGACUUUGUUACAUUUAACCAGUA